AUGAAAUUGCGGCGACAAAAACUGAAUUCAGUUCAGGAGCUUCCUGCAAACUGGUCUGAUGCCCAGGUCACUGCUGAUUCUAAAAUUCCUAUAAACUCUUUUGGCUUCCAGAAUGCCGUCGAGGCAUCUUGCGCCAUCCAGGAACAGGUCAAUGGAGCCAUGGUGCCUGUCUACAUUAGCCCCUAUGGUACUCUGAUUCCUGGCAAAGACGUCCUAACGCCAACUCCCACUGUUGCUGUCUGGUUCCAGCAGAGUGUGACCACGGGGACCAUGAUCAGCCUAGAUACAAGUGAAGCUAUCACGAUUGACUACACAAAUCCUGCGCCUAAGACUUGCAAUUAUAGCGCUAAUGGAAUUUGGUCCAUGAGUACUGGACAGAUAAUCUAUGGCAAAUCCGAUCAGAAGUCCAAAGGUCCACAUAAAGUUCUUGGCAUCGGAGGAGGACUUCGACAAGCUGUGAAGGCUUGA